UCCCACAACGCAGCACAUUAUUUGAUUUAUGUCCAAGAAACCUUUUAUAUUUACCAAGUUACAAAUUAAUAACUUUCCGUCUUUAGUAUUAAAUGUUUAAAAUAAUAAUUGUUGUUACAGUAGAUUCAAUUUAUCAUGGAAAUAUAUUUCAUGUCGCAAUGACUAGUUAUACGAAAUCGUAACAUGUUGCAAGGCGAUUGUGAUUGCUGUGAAAUGAUUUAAUUGAGAUAACUGUAUUUUGUACAAGACAGCAGUAAUUUGUGAACGUGGUUGUGAUGGCGGGGCGAGGGAGAGGUCGAGGUAGAGGAAUUUCAUUCAACAUCGAAGCUCUUGGAUUUGGACGUGGAGAAGCACUUCCUACGUCGGUGCAACAACCACCACCUCUUUUUCCACCUCAAGUGUUCAAGCCUGUUGACUUGAUACAGAGUGAUGACACUGACUAUAUGCUGGCUCUGAAACAGGAGUUCCGUGGAGCGGCACGCAAGGCGCCAUAUCACCUCAACCCGACAGAGAAGAAAAGGGAUAUUGAUCGCUACUCGGACAAGUAUCAGCUGGGUCAGAAUGACAAUAACGAUAACUGGAAACCAGACUGGAGAAGGCUGCCAAAAGAACUGAGAAUUUUGGAGAAGAAAGUUCGGAAGCCUAAAGCCAUCAUCAAACCAAAGGAAGAAGUUAGUGUUGAUGUACUGAAGACACUGGAGAUUUUGGAGAAGAAAGAUGGGGAAGGAGAGACACAAGCCACUGAAGAAAACGAAGAAGAGGAAGAAAAGAAAGAAGAAGAGGAGGAGGAGAUAUUUGAUGAAGAUGACCUUGAAGAGGAGACUGAUUACAACGUAAACUACUUUGACAAUGGAGAAGGGUAUGGCGAUGAUGAUGAAGAUGUUGAUGAAGGACCAAUCUACUAAAAACUACAAUAAUCACAGUUCAGAAGUUAGACAAAAAACAAGACGUUUGGUGUCGAUGAGAUGCCUGGUACAUUAUAUGUGUAUAACUCUUGUGAACCAGUUAAGACUGAGCUUAUACAAAAGGUAUGCCAAGAGAUGGGUUUCCUUUGUAUGGACUGUGUUGGUACUUAUACCCAUACAACUUCUUCUAUGGUCACGCUACACAGUUGAUCAUUCUCUAGAUUUGGUGUCCUGCUGUGUUGGAUAAGACUUCUGGAUCAAGAUUUCUUUUGUGGAUCAGUGAUUAUAUAUCAGUCAGUGUUGGGCAGUGAUUAUAUAUGAGUCAGUGUUGCUCCAUUGGGGCAGUGCUUUAUUCUUAUUUUGUUGUACAGCCUGCUACAUUAUAUGUGUGGAACACUUGUGAACCAGUCAAGACUGUCCUUAUACAAAAAGUAUCCCAAGUGAUGGGUUCUUUUUAAAUGGACUGUGUUGGUACUUAUGGACAACUGCUGCCCAUACGACUUCUGUUCUCAAGCUACACAAUACACUUGAUCAUCAUUUAGAUUUGGUGUCUAGUUGUGUUGGAUAAUACUUCAGGAUCAAGCCUUGUUUUGUGGACCAAAGAUUAUCUGUCAGUGUUGCUCCAUUUGGCCAAUGCUUUAUUCUUCUUUUAUUCUACAGUGGGCAAGACUGAAUGUUGUCCCAUUUGGCCAAUGCUUUUUUUCCUUCUUUUAUUGUCCAGUGGUUAAGACUGAAUGCUGCUUCAUUUGGCUAGUGGUUUUACCCUUGCUUCCUUGAACAUGGGACUGCAGGAUGAGCUCUGGAGACUGUGGUUCUGUUUGACAUGAACAUUCAUCAGUGUCUACCAGUUUCAGGCGGUACAUAUAGGCCUGGAGUUACAUGUGAUUAAGGGAUAAAUACUUUUUACAAUUAGAACUUCUAUUUUUUAACUUCUCUAGAGCUCAAUGUACUGUCCUGAAGGCUUGUUUACCAUUCACUCACAGAAGUUUACUAAAAGUUACAGAGGAAAAAAGAAAGUGGGAAAUAGAAACUUAAGACAAGGACCUGCAGUGCAGUUUAAAUAGUGUUUUGAUGAAAACGGUUUGUACUUGAUCCUCAUAAAUAAAGAGUAUCUUUGAGUGAGUAUUCCAACAGUUGGUCGGAAUUUCUCUAAUAGUAAUAGCUCAGUUUGUGAAAAAUGUAUUUGUGAGGUAAGAGGUUGCAUCAUAAUGAAACGUAUGUGAACCUUGAUGUUACUGAUUACAACAAAUGCAAAUGCUAGAUAUAUAGAAUAUUACACAGGAUUGGUGUCCAUAAAAAAAAAACAAAAAAAAAAGCAUUGAACGUUUCAUAGCGUAUGAGUGAUUUUGUUUUACAAACUAUAACUGUUGACAACAUGUGAUGUCUCAUUUAUUACUCACAUUCAAAGAAUGUAAUAUUUGUCAAAAAAUCGGUACAUCAGGUAAAUCAUGCAAUAUUUUGUUAUACAAGUUAUACAAAUGUUUGAAUCACAUUAUAUACUUUUCUUUUAUGAAAAUAAAAGUGAUUUAAUCAUC